GCACCGCGCAUCACCUUAUUCCUCGCUCGCUCCUCGCACGAGACGCACGCGUCGUGCCGUGAUAUACUAGUGUUCGAUCGUGUUCAGUGAAAGAUGAAAGCUAUAACGGCAAACAUGUGCGCCACCGGGGCCUCCGUGCCCGCCAUCGCCAGCGGGAGGGUGCAGCGGCACCGUGACGGGGAAAACGCAGAGAUCCAGAUGUACCUGUCCAAGCUGCGGAACCUCGUGCCCUUCAUGCCCAAGAACAGGCGGAUCUCGCGGCUGGAGGUGAUCCAGAACGUGAUCGACUACAUCUGCGACCUGCAGUCGGCGCUGGAGAACCACCCCGCCGUGGGCCAGUUCGAGGCGGAGGCGGCGCUGACUCCCUGCACCUCGCCCGCCAAGCCCCGCCGGAGCCCACUCGGCCCGCGCCCCGCACCCAACACCAUCCUCCCCACAGAGAAGACCACAUCGUCACACAAUUUACACAUGGAGUUGGAGAAGCACGACCAGGACCGAGACUCCUGUUAAGUGAUAUAUAGUUGUAAGGACAAUACGAGAAGGUGGAUAUACCUCGAGGUGUCCAGCGCCGGUGGUGGCAAGGCCGGGGCUCCCGCAUCGACAGCGUCGUCUAGAGACGAUAUCCUAAAUGCGAUCUCGUUAUGAUCAAUACUGUAAUAUAAUCGACCCGGGGCAUUAUGAGGACCGGCCGUCGCGAUGCGGUCGGCCGGCGUCCGCUUGUUCUGUUAUAUUUUAUGUAAAAAGCUUUAUUAGUUUUAUCGGGAUAUGCGUGAACAAUUAUUUUGUAAAUAUUAUGUUGAAUGGUUUGCGACAUCGAGAGAUCGAGUAAUUUAAAUAGAGUUAAGAUCUCGUAAAUCGAAUAGAUUCGGUAUUAUAAUUUAAAAGAUUUAGAUUUCUUUUAUUUUUCUCUUGAUCACUACGAUUCUUAGUUGUAAAACGAUGCUUCCAUUUAUAUCAAAGACGUAGACCAAUUUUGAGUUGGUUUAUCUUAUUUUAUUUAAGUUUAAUUAAAUUAAAAACGAGUGUGAUUUCGCGCAGGGCGCCUCUACUAUUGUAAAUGUAGAGAGGUCCGCGCGGGUACUAAGUGCAAAACUUGCUUGUAUUAAUUUAUCAUUUUGCGUUUAGUACAAAUUGUAAAUAGUAUAAAUAAAUAAGAAAUAUAUUUUCAAAAUUUAGUAGAAAUUAUCAAAUUCUAGAACCUCUAUGAUUUAAUAUCGAUUAUAAGGUGAAAAUGCUUUAAUUACCUUAAAUAAUUAUGGUGUAUUAUAAUUUUAAAUAGACUGUUAUAAUUUUAGUUAUGUGGAUGACGUUGUUGCUGAACAAUUAUUAUAUUCUAAGCGUUUGUUGGAUCAAUGCGAUUGUUAAAUGUAUUAGUAACUACAAAUUCAAUUACUUACUUAAGUAUUACUUUGAAUUCUACCGUCGCCAUUGAUUCCACAUCUGCCUUACAUUUUGCAUUUAGUAUCAUCUUUUAAUAUAUUCCUAUCGAUUCAUAUUGAAAUGUUUUAAUAUCCGGUUUGUUAAUUAUGUCUUUGUAUAAGUUAAUCCUCAGACAGCAGAAAAUAAAAACUUUAUGAUUUGA